CACCCUCAUUGUCUGCUCUCUUCGCCGGCCCAGGGCAUGCUCCGUGCUCCUGCGGCCCGGCUGGGCGGCGGCAAGCGACACUAUCCUCCGGAGGAGACAUGGGGCACGGUCCGUGGGCCGCCCUGGCCCUGGGGCUGCUGCACCUCUGCCUGGCCCAGGCCAACUUUGCCCCCAACUUCUUCGACAACGGGAUCGGUAGCACCAACGGAAACAUGGCUUUGUUCAGCCUCCCAGAGGACACCCCUGUGGGCUCUCAUGUGUACACCCUGAAUGGGACAGACCCUGAGGGAGACCCUGUCACCUACCAUAUCAGUUUUGACCCCAGCACGAGAAGUGUCUUUUCCGUUGAUCCUAAUUUUGGAAACAUCACUCUGGUUGAAGAGCUGGAUAGAGAGAGGGAGGACGAGAUUGAAGCUAUCAUCAGCAUUUCUGACGGCCUGAAUCUGGUGGCAGAAAAAGUCGUGAUCCUGGUGACUGAUGCCAAUGACGAGGCACCCAGGUUCAUCGAGGAGCCUUAUGUUGUCCUGGUUCCUGAGGACACACCUGCUGGAAGCAGCAUCUUUAAGGUCCAUGCUGUGGACAAGGACACAGGAUCCGGAGGGAGUGUCACCUACUUCCUGCAGAACCUGCACUCCACCAAAUUUGCCAUGGACCGCCACAGUGGAGUGCUGCGCCUCCAAGCUGGGGCUACUCUGGACUAUGAGAUGUGCCAGACCCAUUAUGUCACUGUGGUCACCAAGGAUGGUGGGGGAAGGCUUCGAGGGGCUGAUGUGGUGUUCUCAGCCACCGCCACCAUCACAGUCAAUGUGGAGGACGUGCAGGACACAGCCCCUGUCUUCAUGGGCACACCCUACUAUGGCUACGUGUACGAGGACACUCUUCCGGGCUCGGAGAUACUGAAGGUGGUCGCCAUGGAUGGAGAUCGGGGCAAACCCAACCAUGUUCUCUACAGCCUUGUGAAUGGGAGUGAAGGAGCCUUUGAAAUUAAUGAGACAUCUGGAGCCAUCUCUGUCCUGCAGAGCCCUGCCCAGCUCCAGAGAGAGGUGUAUGAGCUGCAUAUACAGGUGACUGAGAUCAGCUCUGUGCGGACCCAAGCUGCCCAGGCCAUGGUCCUCGUCACCAUCAGGAUUGUGGACCUCAACAACCAUCCUCCGACAUUCUAUGGAGAGAGUGGACCCCAGAACAGAUUUGAGCUGUCCAUGAAUGAACAUCCGCCCCAGGGGGAGAUUCUACGGGGCCUCAAGAUCACUGUCAAUGACUCUGACCAGGGAGCCAAUGCCAAAUUCAACUUGCGGCUGGUGGGAGCUGGGGGCAUUUUCCGAGUGGUCCCACAGACAGUCCUGAAUGAAGCUCAAGUCACGAUCAUUGUGGAGAACUCAGCUGCCAUUGACUUUGAAAAGUCCAAAGUGUUAACCUUCAAGAUCCUGGCCAUUGAGGUGAACACCCCAGAGAAGUUCAGUUCCACUGCAGAUGUUGUGAUCCAGCUCCUGGACACCAAUGACAAUGUCCCCAAGUUCACCUCCCACUACUUCAUUGCCAGGAUACCCGAGAACACCCCUGGGGGCUCCAACGUGGUGGCUGUCACAGCUGUGGAUCCAGACACAGGACCCUGGGGCGAAGUCAAAUACUCCAUCUAUGGGACUGGGUCAGAGCUCUUCCUGAUCCACCCAGACACUGGGCUUAUCUACACCCAGCCCUGGGCCAGCCUGGAUGCUGAGGCCACUGCCAGGUAUAAUUUCUAUGUGAAGGCAGAGGACAUGGAAGGCAAGUACAGCCUUGCCGAGGUGUUCAUCACUCUGCUGGAUGUCAAUGACCACUACCCCCAGUUUACAAAGAACUUCCAGAGGAAGACGAUGGUGCUGGGGACUCCGGUAAAAAUUGAGGCCACAGACAAGGAUGCGGAAGAACCCAACAACCUUGUGGACUACUCCAUCACCCAUGCAGAGCCAGUCAACGUGUUUGACAUCAACGUACACACAGGGGAGAUCUGGCUCAAGAACUCUAUCCGCUCCCUGGAUGCCUUGUACAACAUCACACCCAGCGGGGACUGCACGUGGUCCCUAGAGGUGCAGGCCAAGGACCGCGGCUCCCCCUCCUUCAGCACCACAGCCUUACUCAAGAUUGACAUUACAGACCCUGAGACGCUGUCUCGAAGCCCCAUGGCCGCUUUCCUGAUACAGACCAAGGACAACCCCAUGAAGGCUGUGGGUGUGCUGGCUGGCAUCAUGGCCACCGUCGUAGCCAUCACUGUCAUCAUCUCAACUGCCACCUUCUGGCGCAACAAGAAGUCCAACAGGGUGCUGCCAGUGCGGCGCGUGUUCCGCAAGCGAUCCAACCCUGCACCCCGCGCCGUCCGCGUAGAGUGGCUCAAGUCCAGGAGUGCCAAGGCUGCUACCAAGUUCAUUCUCAAAGAUCCUCCCAAUGAGAACUUUAACAACAAUAGCCCAGAAAGCUCCCUGCCCCCCAGAGCCCCAACCCUGCCUCCACCACCCAGCAUGACUCCCAGCACAGGAGCGGCCCAUUGGACUGUGCCCACAGUCUCUGGGUCACUCACCCCCCAGCAACCCCAGGUGCCACCGAGACCCCAAACCACAGGAAGCCCUACCCAGUCAACUCUUGUCUCUGAGCUCAAGCAGAAGUUUGAGAAGAGUGUGCACAAUAAGGCUUACUUCUAGAGUGUAUCGUGGGGCCCCUCCCGUCCUCCUCACCCUGACCCCUGCUGCCCCACUGCUUGGACCAUGCUCCCUACCCUCUGCUCUUUCAGGUCACCCCAUCUUGUACAAUGGUGUAACUCCCAUACUCAAGGGCUCUGCACGGAGUCCUGGUCAAGAGAUUUCUCAGGCUAUGGAAUACAAUCAGUAAAUAAUCCACCGUGACCCAAAUCCUUGACACGGCUGCAUUGCUACCCCCUGUCCAGUGCUGGUUAUUGAGAAAGAGCAGCUUUAUGGGUCUUCUACUCUCCAACCCCAAAGUUCACGGUCCCUUGGGUCCUGUUUGGAGCUCAUUACUCUUAGUCAAGGAGCAGGGUCGUGGACACAUGGAACAAAGCUGACUAGAUUCUGCAUCAUGAAGCCCUCAGCAAAGAGCAGGAGCUGGAAAAGGAGCUUCAGCCCUAGAUCACACUGGAGGUCAGCAAAUCUUACAAGCUCUGGCAGAGAAAAUAGAAGCAAGGGGAAGGCAAAGGUGCACUGAAAAGUCUUGCCGGCUGCCGGACCUGGACAACACUGAGAAGGUGGAACACAGCACCUGGGCAGCGACUGGAGGCCCCUGUCAUGCCCACGAAGAACCAGGGACAUAAAGGUGGUAGAAGACCUUGCCAAGAGUGAGGGAAGAUGUCCUCAGCCAGGACUGCCCUGAAAUGGCCAGGCUGGAGCCCAGGAAGAGCAUCAAGCCUCCUGUCUAAGGAGCUGGCCCCUCAGUCAUCCUUGAGGAGACAGUGCCUGGUGAUUGAUGGUCAUAAGACCUUAGGUCUGGGGCGACUUCUGCUUUUAUCUGGUUCUUCUGCUCACAUCAUGUAACCUUGGAGAAGGUGUUUACACUCCCAGAUCAUUCUUUUCCUCAACUGUAAAAUGAAGAAAGUAAGACCUGUCUGCCUCACUUGCAGGUCUUGGGGAGGACCAAAGGAAACAGCAGGGAUGAGGGCUUUAAUUAAGUGCAGAGUGGCACGAAUGCACAGUAUUUCUCUGCAGGCCAGGUCCCUGGGUGCAUCUCUCCCAGAAAGUAUUAGGAGCCUCAUAACUACUCUGCCAAGUGCCCCAGGGGCACUGUGCUUGGUCUGGGGCUGUCUUUGAAUAACAGUAUUGUCUUUGAAUUCAUACACCUCCCUUUUCAUCUUCCCAUCACCCAUGCCCUGCACAGCCCUGGCCAGCCACUAUCAGAGACAACCAGGGCUCAGCAGUAACAUGCAGUCCAGGCCUUUAUUUUGCCAAGAUAAGGAAAAGGAGUUCCCAAGGGAGAAGUGAAUUGCCUAAGGCCUCGUAGCAGGUGGGUUGCAGGGAUGUGGUCCGAGGGCUCUCAGCUCCUUGGCAUGUUCCUCUAGCUGGGACACUCCAAAAAAGCUCCCCCAAGCAGAAAUCACACAAGGCCUCUCUGGUUAAUACAAAGAGCUUCUGCCCUGCUUUAAGGAACCAGCUAUAAGGAAACCUAGACGUGUACACAGGGAGCGAAAAGUAGAAUAGUUCUUUGCAUUUUGCUCCACUCACUAACAUGCCUCCUAGAAUACAUCCGUGAUUUUAUUUAAACAGGUUAUUUACACAGGUGGUUUUCUUGAUUUCUGAGUCUGUGUUUUGUUGCUGAAAUGUGCUAGUGUGCAGAUCCCUUGUGGGGGUUUCUGCGGUCCCUGAUUCAGACAGUAUUAAGUGAGAGGUGGGCUCUAGCAAGCCAGGACCCCAGACUGAACAGAUUCAUUACAGCCUGUGUCUCAGGAGCGGGCUGCUCUGGAUCAUGUUAGCUAUCCACAAGGAACACAACAUCCUUACAACUUGCAUGCGAUCAACCUCUU